AUGUCAGUAGCCUCCGCAUCUGCGUAUUCGUUGACGGAUUCCGAUGAAAUGAUCACUGUUGGAAUGACAACUAAUGCAAGUAUUCAAGAGACGGAUUUGCAAACAGCUCUUGAAGAUACAAACGUGGUCAUUGAUGAGGCAACAAGUGAAAGAAAUCUACUUGAUCAUGAUACCCACAUGCAAUCAAAUGUCAAGACUGCUCAAAUGGGUACACCAGUGUACACUUCAUCUCGCAGCGAAACAGAUGUCGAUAUGGAGCAAGACGUAGUCGGCGCUGCGUCACCAUUGAGUACCGCUGUUACGGGAAGUGUCUCGUGGUACAGCUUACCGCCAUCGGAAACAAGUGUCGAAGUAGCUAACCUAAUGGAGGAAAAUCAGGCAGCAUGCCAUGCCAGUUUAAUAGAAAUGAAGGCACUUCAGUGCCAGGUUGAUCAUGCUAGGCUUUUGCCUAUGUUUUCUCUUUCGAUAGUUUCCAUGACGUACCUUAAUAUCUUCACUAUAGAAAUUGGUCAGGAGUUCAUUUCAAGAAUCCGCCCUAAGCAGUAUGGAUGA